AUGUCUUUCGUCUCACUCUUUCAAAACCGUGCAGGGUAUAUCGGUUGCGGCGUGCUCAACCGCAUCCUCUCUGAUGGCAAAGCCGCCGACUUCCAGAUCACGGUCCUCAUCCGGGACGCGGCCAAGGCUAGUAAGCUGGAGCCGUUUGGCGUCAAAACCGUCGUUGGUUCCCUAGAGGACACGGACGAGUUAACCGCCCUAGCAGGCGAAGCCGACCUGGUAUUCAAUUGUGCGGAUGCAGACAACAUCCAGCCCACGAAAGCCAUCCUCGCCGGUCUAAGGAAGAGACAUCAAUCGACCGGCAGGGUCCCCAGUCUGAUACACACUGGACGUUCAAUAGGCGUCCUGGCCGACGACGCUACCGGCAUGUACUUGACCGAAACAGUGUAUUCUGACGAUGAUGUCGACCCCCUUUACAAGCUUCCUAUCACCGCCCCACAUCAAGAGGUCAACAAGGCUAUCCUCGAAGCCGAUCAAGAAGGUUACAUACGGUCAUACUUGGUCCUACCUCCCGCUGUUUGGGGCUUAGCACAGGGUCCGCUGGUCGACGCACAUAUCAUGAAUCCACAAUCCCAGGAAAUACCGGCACUGAUCAUAGCCAGCAUAGAUCGCGGACGACCGGGCAUGGUCGGAGAGGGCAAGAAUGUAUGGUCGAAUGUUCACAUAGACGAUGCUGUCCUUCUAUAUGAACUGAUCUGGAACGCUAUACUCGGCGGCGAGGAGAUUGGGCACGGCAGCCAAGGCUACUACUUCCCCGAGAAUGGCGAGCACCAGCUAUACGACGUCAGCAAAGCGAUUGGUGCGGGGCUCAAAGAUCUCAGAUUGGUCGAGGACCCAGAGCCGUCAUCUUUCACUACAGAGGAGCUAGACAAAUAUUUCGAUGGGGUGAGCAUUUUACUCUUGGGAUCAAAUUCGCGGUGCAGAGGGCAGAGGGCGAGGGCGAUCAGGUGGAAUCCUAGGAAGACGACAGAGGACAUGCUGGCGAGCAUCAAGCCUGAGAUCCAAUACAUGCUGUCGAGGGCAUCUUAG